UUCAUAUUAUCAUAUCAUUACUCACUAUUUCUUCAUUCAUUCAUUUAUUCAUUCAUAUAUUAAUUAAUUAAUUUCUUUCUUUAUUUAUCAAUUUCUCUCUCUCUUCUAGCAUUCCAUUCCAUCUUCUAUGAUUAAUCAUUAGGUUCCAAUUCUCCGUCUGGCCGGUGGCAACUGGCAACAGUGCCAACCACGGGUCAGAGUCACAUGACCACCGCCCAAAGCCAACCGCCUCUCAACUCUCUCUCUCUCUCUCUCUCUCCUUCCAACGUCCAUCGCGGUCAUCAAUGCUUUGUCUAUCAUGGUCGACUAUUCCAACCCCGUGGCAGGCAUCGCCGGCGGGUACACCGGCAACAGCCUGGCGGUGGAGGCGACGAUCGUGGGCCUGCUGAGCUGCGCCCUGUUCGGCGUGCUGGAGCUGAUGCUGGCCAUCUUCUCGACCUUCCACGUCUACCGCGGCCUGUAUUUCUGGAGCCUGCUGGUCUCGGCGGGACUGGGCGUGCUGCCGCAGUCGCUGGGCCUGCUGCUCAAGUACUUUGAGCUGGCGCCCAUCGCCGCGCCCGUCACCCUGUCCACCGCCGGCUGGGCCAUCAUGGUCACCGGCCAGAGCCUGGUGCUGUACUCGCGCCUGCAUCUUGUCGUGCAGAACCGGCUGGUGCUGCGGCUGGUGCUGGGCAUGAUCGUCUUCGACGCCCUCGUCCUGCAGAUCCCCCAGAUCGUCUUCUCGUACGGCGCCGUGUUUGUCGCCUCGCACGGCUUCCUCUACGCCUACAACAUCUGGGCCAAAGUCCAGCUUACGGGCUUCUUCCUGCAGGAAGUCAUCAUCUCCACCGUCUUCAUCGUCCAGGCCACCCGUCUGCUGCAGGCCUAUCCGCGCAAGAGCGUGCGCCGGACCAGUCUCCGCUACCAGCUGCUCGCCAUCAACUCCGCCAUCAUCGUCAUGGACAUCGCCCUGCUCGUCCUUGAAUACCUCGAUCUCUUCAUCCUCCAGACCGUCCUCAAGACCUUCUUCUACAUGGUCAAGCUCAAGCUCGAGUUUGCCGUCCUCUCCCGCCUUGUCUCCAUGGUCAAUCACCACGAUCCUUUGACUCUGACCGACAGUGGCUUCUGAGUAUACUCUACUAUAUUCUAUACUAUCUAUUACCAUUCUAUACUAUAAUAUACUAUUCUAUACCAUCUAUUACUGUCUAUUACCAUUCUAUACUAUACUAUACUAUUCUAUUCUAUUAAUAUCAUCCGUAAACAUAUCGCUAGUCCCAAUAUAGCCAUAAGAACCGAGCUUAGUAAGCCACAUCCUCUUCCUCUCUUCCUCUCGUCUCUCUUCUCUCUUCUCUUCUCUCUUCUCUUCUCUCUUCUCUCUUCUCUUCUCUCUUCUCUCUUCCUUCUUCAUCUCUUCUCUUCAUCUCUUCUCUCCUCUUCAUCUAUGGCAGUCUCCGC